AAAACUGGAUGGAAAAUUCUCCUGCUCACUCAGAUCUCAGCCCAGUACUCACAGCCCUACCCCUCUGUCCUUAGUACGGUUCUGCUCCCAUCCCAGCUGUUAGACACAAUGAUAGACCUGAGGACUUUGUUUUUCACCAUUAUUCUGGUACCGUGGAUGCUCUCUUCUGCAGCAAGAAAUGGAUACAUGGAAGCAAGGAAACCUAAGAAAGAGGUUGUGACCAUCCCAGACUAUGACACCACUGGAGACUCAGAUACAAGCCCAGCAGCAGCUCCGAAAGAUGAGGGUGAGCUGCCCACGUGCCUACUGUGUGUGUGUCUGACUGGGUCAGUAUACUGUGAGGAGGUCUCCCCUGAGAUGACAGCAGUUCCAUCCCUGCCCAAGGAAACUGCCUAUCUCUACGCACGCUACAACAAAAUCACAAAAAUCACCAACAAAGACUUUGCAGACAUUGCAACUUUGAGAAGAAUCGAUCUGACUGGGAACCUCAUCUCUGAGAUAGAAGACGGAGCUUUCUCAAAGCUUGCCCUCCUUGAAGAGCUCAAUCUCUCAGAGAACAAGCUGGCCAAACUACCCAUGUUACCUGCCAAACUCAUAUCCUUCAAUGCCAAUUACAACCAGCUUAAAACCAAGGGUAUAAAGUCAACUGCUUUUAAGAAACUCACCAAGAUGGCGUACCUCUACCUUGGCAAUAACGAGCUGGAGGCAAUCCCACAACUUCCAGAGAGUCUCCACAUUGUGCACCUAUAUAACAAUAAGAUCACCACGCUAUCGGAUGAGACCUUCUGCCAAGGCAACAACACUCAGUACAUCAGAGCCAACAUGGAGGAGGUGAGACUGGAUGGCAACCCUCUGAUGCUGGCCAAGCAUCCCAACAGCUUUGUUUGCCUCAGGGCCCUGCCCAUUGGACUGUACCACUGAACCAGUGGGAUACAGUCUAGUGAGGACCACAAUACUAGUGAGGGGUUCCCUUGUGAAAAGGGCCAACUAAUGUAAUACACAAGUCAAUAGACCAUAGCGCAGCAGUGGCAUGUAAUAUGAGAAGUGUGUACUGGUAUGUUACGAUAUAUAGAGCAGCGCUAUGUAAUAUGAGAAGUGUGUACUGGUAUGUUACGAUAUAUAGAGCAGCGCUAUGUAAUAUGAGAAGUGUGUACUGGUAUGUUACGAUAUAUAGAGCAGCGCUAUGUAAUAUGAGAAGUGUGUACUGGUAUGUUACGAUAUAUAGAGCAGCGCUAUGUAAUAUGAGAAGUGUGUACUGGUAUGUUACGAUAUAUAGAGCAGCGCUAUGUAAUAUGAGAAAUGUGUUUGUUUUGUAAGUUACAAUUGAAUGUCUCUUAGGUCAUCUUACCAGCCAUGAUUGGUUAAAUUGGUUUCCUCUUAAGUAGGACAGGAGUUCUUACACAACAUAACUAUAUGCACAAUACUCUUUUGACCAUUUUUUAUCAAUGUUUUAUAUUUCCAAUAACACAUCUGGAAAUUGCAUCCGUUGCAUUCAUCUACUUUAAAUAAUAAUGGCUAAUAAAUGUACAUAAAGUAACUACAAUUUGCCAACAUUUGAAACUGUUUACCUAUAUUUUAAAUGGGUAUAACAUGUCAUUUGACGUAAAUGUUUUUAAUAUAAAAUGAUUAAAACGACACUGCGAUGCC